ACUCGUGGUGUUUAUCAGCGGUGAGAGAGCUCAACUCCAUCCAUGUUGCGGCGCCGCUGCGUGGCAGUGGAGGUACCGAUCUGCUCCGCCGCUGGCUGCGCGACACAUGAGUGAGUCCAACCCGUGAAUGAACCCCCGGAUCCGGGCGCAUCGUGCUGCCGACAAACAGCCGUCAGUCCUCGGAGGCGUCAGCUCGGCUACCUGCCGCAGACAGAGCGACUUUACACCGCGUACAACACCCAGCGGGGGUCGCUACUGUAACCGGUGUCUGCGCUGCUUUGGGGCUGAUUGUCGCUUUGAUAUCGGUCCUCCACAGAGAGUGAACUCGCUGGUUUUUAGUUGCUAUUGGAAGCUCGUUUUUUAUUUUUAUUUUUUUUGUUAUUAUUUUAAUUUAUUUUGGACAGGGACGGAGCAACAGACAGAACCACGGAUGUGAUGCCAAAGCAGGGCAGAAACACAAAGGUUCAAGUCUAGAGAAGACUUCUGCUGAGCGUCUCUGCUGGAGAAGAACCGGUGAAAUGUAGCACCUCGCUGCUCUCAAAGCCGGAUUUGUUGUCUUCUCAAGAUUUUUUUUGGCGUUGGACGUCCGCUGCAGGCAUGUUUAGGAACAGCUUGAAGAUGCUGCUGACGGGGGGGAAGGCCAACCGCAAGAGUCGGGGCAGCGAUGGUGGGAGCGACGACUUUGCGGACCCCCGUUCGCCCAGCCUAGACCCUCAUCUAAGCCACAUCGGUCAAGGUGGCAGCAUAGACAGCGACUGUGCCUUUGAGGGAGACUACGCCGUGCCCCCGCUCUCCAUGACCGAGGGCAUGCAGCACAUUCGCAUGAUGGAGGGCGUGUCGCGCUCUCUGCCCUCCUCCCCGCUGCUCACCCACCAGAGCAUCGGCGUCAGGCUGCAGCCCAUGAAGAAGCUCACAGCCCCGCUGCGGAAAGCAAAGUUUGUGGAGAGCCCUCGCCUUCCACAAUCAGAGCUUGGCUCCCCUACACACACCUCCACCCCUGCCAGGAAUACAGACCUGGACACAUACUGCCCUGGGGAGUCGAGCCAGGAGCUGGGCCCCCCUCCGUCGGUGGAUCAGGCGGCCAACACAUUGAUGACGCGGCUGGGUUUCCUUCUCGGAGACAAAGUGAGCGAGGGGUCGGCCGGCACACAGUACAGCAUGGAGGAACCCGAGGCGAGACAGGGCCCAAACCAGAGGAUCAGCCCCUGCUCCACCCUGACCAGCAGCACUGCCUCUCCACCUGCAGGCAGCCCCUGCUCCACCCUCCCCACAGCCAUGCCAGGCCAGGCUGGGAACAAGGACUGCGCCUACGGUUCUGUCACCAGUCCCACCUCCACACUGGAAAGCAGAGACAGCGGGAUUAUAGCCACUCUGACCAGCUACUCCGAGAACAUGGAGCGGGGCGGCAAAUACAGCGAGGGCUCACGGGGGAACCUGAAGCUGUGGCAGUCUCAGAAAUCAGGCAUGGACUCGUUCCUGUACAGGGUGGAUGAAAACAUGACCGCCUCCACCUACAGCCUAAACAAAAUCCCCGAGCGCAACCUGGAGAGCAUGUCCUCCCACUCUGCCCACUCCAUCCCCUUGUACCUCAUGCCCCGUCCCAAUUCUGUGGCCGCUACAAGCUCGGCACACCUGGAGGACCUGGCGUACCUGGAUGAGCAGAGGCACACUCCGUUACGCGCCUCGCUGCGCAUGCCGAGGCAGAGCACCACCUGCGGGCCGGGUCGCUCUGGGCAGGACCUGAGAGUUUCUGCAAAUAACAGCCAUGCCUGGCAAUCCCAAUCACUGCGUUUUGCACCCUAUCGGCCUCACGACAUCGCUCUCAAACCCCUGCUGUUCGAGGUGCCCAGCAUCACCAUGGACUCGGUCUUCACGGGUCGUGAGUGGCUCUUCCAGGAGAUCGACGCUCACCUCAACAACCCCAACACCAGCACCAACCGUGGCGUUGUGAUCGUGGGGAACAUCGGCUUCGGCAAGACGGCCAUCAUGUCUCGGCUGGUGGCGCUGAGCUGCCACGGCACCCGCAUGAGGCAGAUUGCUUCAGACAGCCCCCAGGCCUCACCGAAACACGGAGAGGGGCUCCCUCUCACCCAGCCUCAACCCACGCAUGGUACCCUGGGAGGAGGCAGCUGUCCCGGAACCCCUGAGAUGAGACGGCGUCAGGAAGAAUCUAUGAGGAGGCUGGCAUCACAGGUGGUGGCCUACCACUACUGCCAGGCGGAUAACGCKUACACCUGUUUGGUGCCGGAGUUCGUGCACAACGUGGCGGCUCUGUUGUGCCGCUCGCCGCACCUCGUGGCSUACAGGGAGCAGCUGCUGAGGGAGCCCCAACUGCAGAGCAUCCUGAGUCUGCGCUCCUGCGUCCAAGACCCGCUGGCCUCCUUCAGGAGGGGGGUCCUGGAACCCCUGGAUGCUCUUUACAAAGAGAGAAAGAUCAACUCUGAGGAGGACCUGAUUAUCCUCAUCGACGGUCUCAACGAGGCCGAGUUCCACAAGCCGGACUACGGAGACACCGUUGUGUCCUUCCUCACUAAAACCAUCAGCAGGUUUCCUCCCUGGCUCAAACUGGUGGUCACAGUUAGAACCACGUUACAGGAGAUCACCAACGCGCUGCCGUUUCACCGCAUCUCCCUGGACGGCCUGGAGGAGAACGACGCCAUAGACCAGGACCUGCAGGGCUACAUCCUGCACCGCAUCCACAGCAGCCCGGAGAUCCAGAACAACAUUUCGCUCAAUGGCAAGAUGGACAACACGACCUUCGGCAAGCUCAGCGCCCACCUGAAGGCCCUGAGCCAGGGUUCCUACCUGUACCUCAAACUCACCUUUGACCUCAUCGAGAAGGGCUACCUUGUGCUCAAGAGUUCCAGUUAUAAGGUGGUUCCGGUAAAUUUGGCGGAGGUCUACCUGCUGCAGUGCAACAUGCGCUUCCCCACGCAGUCGUCAUUCGAGCGGGCGCUGCCUCUGCUCAACGUGGCCGUGGCGUCGCUCCAUCCGCUGACGGACGAGCAGAUUUAUCAGGCCAUCAACUCCGGCUCACUGCAGGGAACUCUGGAUUGGGAGGACUUCCAGCAGCGGGUGGACAACCUGUCAGUCUUCCUGGUGAAGAGGAGGGACGGCACCCGGAUGUUUGUUCACCCCUCUUUCAGAGAGUGGCUGAUCUGGAGGGAGGAAGGAGAAAAGACCAAGUUCCUCUGCGAUCCGAGGAGUGGACACACCCUGCUGGCCUUCUGGUUCUCUCGGCAGGAGAACAAGCUGAACAGACAGCAGACGAUCGAGCUGGGCCAUCACAUCCUCAAAGCACAUAUCUUCAAGGGUCUCAGCAAGAAAGUCGGCGUUUCCUCGUCUAUCCUGCAGGGCUUGUGGAUUUCCUACAGCUCAGAGGGUCUUUCAGCUGCGCUGUCUUCACUCAGAAAUCUUUACACUCCCAAUAUCAAGGUGAGCCGGCUUCUUAUGCUUGGCGGGGCCAAUGUGAACUACCGUACGGAGGUUCUGAACAACGCCCCCAUCCUGUGUGUCCACGCUCACCUGGGCUACAUGGACAUGGUGGCUCUGCUGCUGGAGUUCGGCGCCUUCGUCGACGCCCAGUCCGAAAGCGGCCUGACGCCGCUGGGCUACGCUGCUGCCGGGGGCCACAUGGCCAUCGUCACCGCGCUCUGUCGCAAGAGAGCAAAGGUGGACCACCUGGAUAAGAACGAUCAGUGCGCUGUGGUUCACGCGGCCCUGAGGGGCCACAUGGAGGUGGUGAAGUAUCUGAUCCAGUGCGACUGGAACGUUGGGUCGCAGCAGCAGUCGCCGCAGACCCAUCAGCAGACGGCCUUCACUAAGAGUCACGCCGUCCAGCAGGCUCUGAUCGCUGCAGCCAGUAUGGGCUACACAGAGAUCGUUUCCUACCUGCUGGACCUGCCAGAGAAGGAUGAAGAAGAGGUGGAGCGAGCUCAGAUCAAUAACUUCGACACGCUGUGGGGCGAGACAGCUCUGACCGCAGCCUCUGGCCGGGGGAAGCUGGAAGUUUGCCGCCUGCUGCUGGAGCAGGGCGCCGCCGUGGCUCAGCCCAACAGACGAGGCAUCAUCCCUCUCUUCAGCGCCGUCAGACACGGACACUGGCAGAUCGUGGACCUCCUGCUGACACACGGGGCAGACGUCAACCUGCCUGACAAACAGGGUCGGACUCCUCUGAUGAUGGCAGCCUCRGAGGGACAUUUGGGAACGGUUGAGUUUUUACUCGCUCAGGGAGCCUCUCUGUCUCUGAUGGAUAAGGAGGGUCUGACUGCUCUGAGCUGGGCCUGUCUGAAAGGUCACUUACCUGUCGUCCGCUACCUGGUGGAGAGCGGCGCUGCCACCGACCACGCAGACAAGAACGGACGCACACCCCUCGAUCUGGCAGCUUUCUACGGAGACUCUGAAGUGGUGCAGUUCUUGGUGGACCACGGGGCCAUGAUAGAGCACGUGGAUUACAGCGGGAUGCGUCCUCUGGACCGGGCGGUGGGCUGCAGGAACACGUCGGUGGUGGUCGCCCUGCUCAAGAAAGGAGCCAAGAUAGGAUGUCAGACGCUGCCCAGUCGGCCCCGAGGUCCGGCCACGUGGGCCAUGGCCACCUCCAAACCCGACAUCAUGAUCAUCUUACUCAGCAAGCUUAUCGAGGAGGGGGACAGCUUCUACAAGAAGGGGAAGGUGAAGGAGGCUGCACAGCGUUACCAGUACGCUCUCAAAAAGUUUCCACGCGAAGGCUUUAGUGAGGACCUCAAGACGUUCAGGGAGCUCAAAGUGUCACUUUUUCUCAACCUGUCCCGAUGUCGGAGGAAAAUGAAUGACUUUGGGAUGGCUGAGGAAUUUGCUACAAAGGCUCUUGAACUAAAACCAAAAUCAUACGAGGCGUAUUAUGCCAGGGCACGUGCCAAACGUAGCAGCAGGCAAUUUCCUGAAGCCUUAGAGGACCUGAAUGAAGCCAUAAAACUUUGCCCCAACAACAGAGAGAUUCUGCGGCUGCUCCAGAGGGUGGAGGAGGAGUGUCAUCAGCUCAACCAGGACGAGCACCAGCAGCAAGACCUGGAGCUGGAGCCUCCACCUUCCCCUCCUCCUACACCUCCUCCAGAAGAGGAGGAAUCCCUGUCCCUGUCCCUGUCCAUGCCCCUCCCUCCCCCUCCCGAGCCCCGCCUGGAGGACAUGGAGCCCGUCCAGGACCUGUUUGAGGACGAGAGCUACCUGGAGCAGGAGCUGGAGGCCAUGUCGAUGGCUCUGCCGCCUCCGGACGCCAUGGCCAAUCCGUCCAGUCUUCCCAUCAUUCAGAGCCCACCGCUGUCCCCCACGCACCCGGAUCACAUUUACCUGACGGGAGGGUCGCCCAUGGGGCAGCCCUACGAAUACCUCCCCACCUCCUCCUCCAUGUCCUCCCCAACCCGAGGCUCGUACCAGCCCACGUCUCCGUCUCUCUCCCCAACACAUCAGAACUCCCACUACAGACACAGCCCGCCUCACACCUCCCCCGUGCACCAGCCGUCCUACCGCUUCAGCCCGCCUCCUAUGGGCACGGGAGGUCAAGGGAUGGACCACCAGAGCCCGCCGCCUUCACCUUUACGCCGUGCUGCUCAGUACAGAGCCAGCCCGCCUUUAGAAAGUGUCUGCUUGUACCGAUCCCAGUCCGGCUCUCCCGUGCGCUACCAGACCGAGCAGCUCCCCGGCCGACCCAAGUCUCCGCUCUCCAAGAUGAGCAGCCAGCGUUCGUUCCAGCUGAGCUCUCAGCCGUCUCUGUCCUCCCAGCACCACCAAGCCCAGGGCCUCCGCCUGCAGCCUUCCAUAGCUCAAAUCGUGCGCACAAACCAGCCCAGCAACGUCAUGGGGAACAGUAGCUUCGGUGGCCAGAUGGGCCACUCCAUCGGCGGUCGCUAUCAGGGGGGUUCGGUGGACGUGGAGAGCCGCCUGGUGUACCAGCCGUCCCUGGACGGGCGGUCCAUGUCCCAAGUUCAGGCCAGCCUCAGCUCUGGGGCCCUCUGUCAGCACGGCGGCCGAGGAGGGGUUAUGGAGUCGAACCUGUUGAAAGACGAGCUACCCCAGCGCCCCUCCUCUGCCUACCGCGCCAGCAGCGGGGGCCCGGGGGGCYUCCGUUACAGCCAAACUCCUCAGAUCAGCCGCAGCCAAUCGGCCGCCUACUACCCMGUCUCCGAACACGUGCUGGAGCGCGCCAACGCCAUGCCUCCCUGUCAGCUGGGCUCCCCCGAGAUCUCCCACAUGGUGAGGCGCCCCGUCAGCGCAAACACCACUGAGCUGAAGCAGCACGUGCCCACCCCGAGACCCCUCAUCCAUUCGCAGAGCGUAGGCCUGCGGUUCUCCCCUUCGAGCAACAACAUCUCAACCGGAUCCACUUCCAAUUUAGCUCCCGGUUUCAGGCCCUCCUCUUCCAUCCAGCAGAUGGAGAUCCCGCUGCAGCCCGCGUACGAGCGCGGCUGRGACGACAUCUCCCCCAUCUCCCCUUCCCAAGGCGGCGGGGGGUUGUAUCAGGGGGAGACCACCCGCUCCAGGAACACGCCGUUUAUGGGAAUCAUAGACAAGACGGCUCGGACUCAGCAGUACCUGCAUCAGCCGGCGCGGUCCAGGCCCAUGACGUCCAUGGAUUCYGCCAUCAGCCCCACCUCACCCGGCCAGCUGGUGCAGCAGGGCUCCACCUACAGCCCCCCGGCCUCUCUGGGCAACAUCGCCUACUACAACAAGACCAACAACGCCCAAAAUGGACACCUGCUGGAGGAGGACUACUACUCCCAGACGCAGCCCCCCUCGCUGGGCAAGCUGGCCAACGGCUCCCGCGGCAGUGGCGAUAUUCUGGAGCGAGUCAGCCAGGUGCCCACCUACCCAGACGUGAAGGUGGCGAGGACUCUGCCCGUUGCGCAAGCUUACCAGGACAACAUGUACCGCCAGCUGUCACGUGACUCUCGAACCCAAGGCCCCACCUCCCCCAUCAAACCAAAGAGACCAUUUGUGGAGUCGAAUGUGUGAUUGGAUGGUCGGACUGGGCUCGUCAGCGAGAGAGAGAGAGAGAGAGAGAGAGAGAGAGAGAGAGAGAGAGAGAGAGAGAGA